CUUUCCCCCCGAAUCCUAAAUUUACUGCCUCUUUCUUAUAAUCCUAAUAUGCUUCAUUUCUAUUCUAUAUAAUAUCGGUCUUUUAUAUAUUCUACGUACGCUGCCAUUUUUUGGUAUUCUGUUGCUUCUCAGCAUAUACCCGCCGUCCUGCGCGUCAUACACUGUUUGCUCGAGCUCCCGUUUGCGAACGAAUCACCCCCCGAGGACCUGCCCAAGGAGGUAGCCAGGGGAUUGAUUGCCCGCCAUUCCAAUACCACCACCCCAAACUCGUCCGUCCUCCAACCAUUCUAUUCAACCCAGAAAAAUAAAAUAAAAAGAAGAUAUAUAAACCGCAUGAGAAGGACUACACGAGUCUCCGCGUCAUCCAUCACUGUGGUCUUCUCUACCAUUGUUCCCAUCUCCCCCAACAGCUCUCUCUUCGCUGGGCCGUUCCUACAUAUACGCUAUGUCUAGCCAGGGGCGAUCCGCCAGCAGCGGUGUCCGCAAUCUCCGUGCUAUGUUCGAGAACAAAGACGACUCAACAACAUCGCCACCACAACACAGAGGACGUUCUCCAGCCCCAUCAAUUGGAAACAACAGUGCAUCGCCACGACCGCUAUCGAAAGUACGAACAAGCUUUGUCGCAGUCGAGCGAAACGGUCAAACAGGCAUACAGUGGGGCUUAAGGAAAGAAACAACCGUCCCACCCGAAGAUUCCACCAUGUCACAACGGCGAGGAAGCUUCGCCGAGAAUGAAGCCACCGACCCCGACGUGGUAAUCGAGAGGAAGAAGUCCAUCCAGGCCGAGUUCAAGGCUCGGGAGAACAGCAUCGACGUCUCCGAGACGAUUCCCGAGUUCGCCCUCGAGAUGCCCUCCGCUGCGGCGAGCAAGCAGGGAACUCCGACUAUUGAGCCCAAGGAUCCUAUACUACCUGCAGCGCAUACCCCGACGGGGAAUCCAGACAAGCCCUCGACGGUGGAAGAGCGUAAUGCAAAGCUUCUCCCGGCCGACGUCAAGGGUGCAGCCGCAGUCUCUGGUGGCAAAGCUCUGAAGGGUGCCUCGGGAGUUGGAGAGGACCUCAAGGGCGUCACAACUGGCAAGCUCAAGACUGCAUCUUCAGCCAAGCCAGGCGACAAGGUAGCAGCAAGCAAGUCUUCCAAGCCCGCUCCAAUUUCGACCACCAAAACUUCCACUCUGUCGAAAUCAAGCAAGUCGCCCGCCCUCCCAAAAACCCCCGUCUCCAGCACCUCCGCCAAGUCAAGCACCAGGACCACCAAGCCCGCGGCCGAAAAACCCACCAGACCCUCCACCACAACCACCACAACCACCAAGCCCGCCGCGCCAACCACCCGCACCACCAACCCAGCCACCAAGAAACCCCCCCUCCCAUCCUCAACAGGCUUCACCAAGCCCCUCCCCAAAUCCCCCACCAAACCCGCUAAACUACCCCCCUCCCUCACGGCGCCCACCUCCUCCUCCCUCUCCAAGCUGACCGACGACGCGCGCCGCACCAGCGCUGGGGCGACGAGGUCUUCUAGUGGGGUUAGCCAGAGUCAGAAGUCGGAGCAGUCCCGCAAGGCGCCGAGCAAUAGUAGACCAUCCCUUGGACCCCCCCCGGCGGCCGCGGCGGGAUUGAAGAAGCAAACCUCGCGACAGAGUCUCCCGAAGGCGGUGGCGCCGGCGGAUGAGGGGUUUUUGGCGAGGAUGAUGAGGCCUACUACUGCGUCGGCGGGGAAGACGCAUGAUAAGGCUGGGACGCCGCCGAAGCCGAGGGUGGCGGGGAUGGAGAGGCCGGGGACGAGGAAUGGACAUAAUGCCAGGGGGGAGAGUGGUGGGAGUCCUGUUUCGGCGAGGCCGCCUGUGCCGACGGUGGGGGCGGUGCCGACGUUGAAGCCGUUGGGUGGGAAGGCUACGGCGGGGAGGGGGGGACGAAGGGGGAGGUGGGGGCGAAGAAGGAGGGUUCUACUGCGGCUGAGGCUGUUAAAGCUGUGGAGCAGGUAG